AUGGUCAACCCAACCACCAUGGUCAACCCAACCACCAUGGUCAACCCAACCCAACCGCCAUGGCCAACCCAACCCAACCGCCAUGGCCAACCCAACCACCAUGGUCAACCCAACCACCAUGGUCAACCCAACCACCAUGGUCAACCCAACUGCCAUGGUCCUCAACUCAACCGCCAUGGUCAACCCAACCACCAUGGCCAACCCAACCGCCAUGGCCAACCCAACCGCCAUGGUACCCAACCCAACCGCCAUGGCCAACCCAACCACCAUGGCCAACCCAACCGCCAUGGCCAACCCAACCACCAUGGCCAACCCAACCGCCAUGGCCAACCCAACCACCCAACCGCCAUGGCCAACCCAACCCAACCGCCAUGGCCAACCCAACCCAACCGCCAUGGCCAACCCAACCACCAUGGCCAACCCAACCGCCAUGGUCAACCCAACCACCAUGGUCAACCCAACCACCAUGGCCAACCCAACCGCCAUGGCCAACCCAACCACCAUGGCCAACCCAACCGCCAUGGCCAACCCAACCCAACCGCCAUGGCCAACCGGCCAACCCAACCCAACCGCCAUGGCCAACCCAACCACCAUGGUCAACCCAACCACCAUGGUCAACCCAACCACCAUGGUCAACCCAACCACCAUGGUCAACCCAACUGCCAUGGUCCUCAACUCAACCGCCAUGGUCAACCCAACCACCAUGGCCAACCCAACCGCCAUGGCCAACCCAACCACCAUGGCCAACCCAACCGCCGUGGCCAACUCAACCCUCAAGGCCAACCCGACCUUCUUGGUCAACUCAACUGCCGCACUCAAGCCAAUCCCACGGCCAGCCAAUCGCCGUGUCCCUCCUUGAGGCCCACGUGA